UUCGCUUCGCUGUCACUGCUGUUACUGAAUGGAUGUAAGACAACGCUGCAAACGAGCAACGUUUUGUAUUUCUAAGACACGUGUAAGUGGUCUCUUUUUCACCCGGAAGAACAGCAGCAAGCAUCAAAAGGAACAAUAACACAUGGUCCAUUCAUUCAUCCUUGACAGUCAUGGAGUUUCUCCCUGUACUUGACCCACUAGAUAAACCGAAAGCAGGAAUAUGGUAUUCUUUGAUGCCCAGAGGAAGUGCUCCAGGUGUCAGUGUGGGUCACACCUGCACAUUUAUUCCUUCUGCAGAUGAGGGAAAGGGAAGCAUCCUUAUUGUUGGAGGAGCAAACCCAAGCGGCAGUUUCGCACAUUCCAACAUCAUAAAUCUAGAUAAUCAUGAAUGGGACAUCCCAGAGUGGGAGGGUUUGGACUCGCGGUAUGAACACUGCUGCUUUGUCCCGGAAAGCUGUCCUCAGAGCCUGUGGGUGUUUGGAGGGGCACAGCAGAGCGGCAACCGCAAUUGUAUCCAGAAUGUACAGCUAACAGACAGUGGGUCUUCCUGGAAGAGUGUGUCUGUGAAUGGUAAACCCCCCAGCCCUAGAACAUACCACACCAGCUCCGCCUGCCUCGGGGAAAGACUGUACGUCUUUUCGGGUGGGGAAGCAGGAGCUGCACCUGUCGCAGACCCCGCACUUCACGUCUUUGAUACAGCCUCUUCCGCCUGGUCCCAACCGGAAACACAAGGCAGACAGCCGCCAGCCAGACAUGGCCAUGUUAUCGUAGCAGCAGGUUCAAAGAUCUACAUCCAUGGGGGCAUGGCUGGGGACAAAUUCCACAACGACAUGUUCUCUCUCGAUACAAAGAUCAUGAAGUGGGAGAAGGUGCAAGUCAAAGGAGAUAUCCCACCAGGAGUAGCAGCCCACUCAGCUGUGGCUCUGGGAAAGAACAUCUAUAUCUCUGGGGGAAUGACAGCAGAAGGAGCGAGCAACUCCAUGUAUAGAUUCAACACUGACAAAAGUAGAUGGGUCCUUAUGAAGUUUGAAGGGGAUAUGCCCCCCGACCGCCUGGACCACUCCAUGUGUUUAUUGCCCUGGACGGUGCAUGCUGAGGGGAAUGGAGAUAAGGAGCAGGCCGACAGCCCAACAGCCUCAGAGACAAUACAUUUGGCCUUUGUAUUUGGAGGGAUGGAUACCCAGGGUGUCAUUCAUAAUGACUGUGUUGUGACUGUGGUUUCAUGAUGUAAUACUCACUCAAUAAGUUGAAAUAAAUUGUUUUUAAGAA